AUGAAUCGUUUCCCUGCUAUCUUCAAUAUCGCAUCAAACAAAAAAGCGUUUGUGGCAGAAAAUUUUGUUAAAUAUCGGAAUGAAUUACAAUGGAAUAUUCGUUGCUCUCGACCUCCAAAUUGUGAAUCUGAAUGGGCCCAGUGGUCUGGUCUAAUGAAAGUUUUAUAUGAAGUCAAGUUUAGAGAUGAUGAGGAUGUAUGGACUUGGAAAUCAGAUGAAAAUAAUAAUUUCUCAGUUGCUGAGAUCAGGGAUCAAAUUAUCAGGCAAUCAGCGGAGAUUGAAGAUGAGUGGCGAUAUUGGAAUCGUUGGGUCCCGCCGAAGGUGAACUUGUUUUCAUGGAGAAUAGCUAUGGGUAGGAUUCCUGUUAAAACCGAACUGAUCAAGAGAGGCGUACAACUUCAAAAUCAAGUGUGUUGCAGGUGUGAUGCCUACGACGAGUCGGUGGGACAUUUGGUACUUAGCUGUACGAUGUCGAAAUCAAUAUGGUGGAACAUCCUAGCUUGGGUAAAACUUCCUGUUAGCACGCAGUUCGGGUCAAGCAAAGAGCUUCUGAAGCAGGUUGAUAGUUGGAAAGGAUCUAAAGUUUGGAAGAAAGUGAUAAACUUGAUUCUCCAAACAACAAUUUGGCACAUCUGGAAAGCAAGGAACGAACAUGAGUUCAAAGGAAUUCGAGUCUCGGGUAGUAAAGUGGUGGAGGAAAUCAAGGCGGAUUCAUUCAUUUGGCUAAAGAGUCGUUCGAAGUUCGAGAAUAUAAACUGGGUCAGAUGGAUGGAUUUUAAUGUAAGAGACAUAAUACACUAG